CCGUGAUACGAAGAGGUUGUCUGUUCGAGCUCCUCAGUCGCGGCCGGUCUCAGCGUGGUUAGUGGUGGCUGUGAAGUGAAAUCCUUGGAGUUCUGACUCUGUUGUUAGAUCUUCUGGAUUAAAGCAAUUAUUGAUGCUACUCUCUCCAGCAUUUAGUUCUCACAGUGGAGCCAUAAUAUCGAGAUACCUUAUGCUCCACCUCGAUUUGGUAUAAUUCAUCGCGUUCCGCCUUCUUUGAUAAAAUGCCUUAUUAAGAAGUUACGGAUUUCUUCAGUGGAGAGGAUAAUCAAAAGGGCAGUGGAAGGUACGUCGCGGUUUGCGGAAGCGGCGAUCCUCAGGGACCCCAACGCUGCAUUAGCAAGUUGAUGUGUUGACACCAUGGGUGAAGGAAGAUGGGGGGGAGUGCGGGCCUCCCUCACCUCCCUCCUCCUGCUCCUCCUCUUCCUCCUCCGCACUGCCGCUGUCUCCGCACAACGGCCAGAGGAAGGGCGCUUCUUCCGGUCGCUGUUCUCGCUGCCGGACCAGUGCGUGCACAAUGGGAUCCCGGCGACGUGCACCUUCGUCCUCUCCUGCCUUCUGCGCGGAGACACCCCUGUUAACAAGUGUGGCGGUGGUUUCAUCUACACCUGCUGCGUCCCCACCGUGGCAACAGUCAGGUCGGACGCUGUGAGGCACAUCGGCCUCUUCAACAGGGACCCUUCGCUGAUCAAUAGUCCAGUUGGGUGGCAUCGAUUCCAUCUCCGUCGGCAGAAACCAUAUAUACCCCCACGAUCUUGGGGUCUUAACCGCCUUCCAGUUCGUGUGGGUCCAGGCUUAAGCUCGCCCAGACAUCAGUUCCAGGUGGCGCCUGUUGAGUCCAGACUUCAGCCUUCUGCUAGUUUUAGUGAACCAGAGUGUGGAAUUCAGAGAGUAUCUCAGUUUUCAAAACGAAUUAUCGGAGGAAACGAAGCCAGGUUUGGCGAGUUUCCUUGGCAGGCGCACAUACGCAUCAUAGGCUACCAGUGCGGCGGAGUUCUUAUUAAUCAUUUUUUCGUUGCAACAGCAGCACAUUGUGUUCAUAAAGCGAGACUGAACCAGAUCACCGUCCACCUCGGGGAGUUCGACACCAAGGACACCGGCGACUACCACGAGCCGCUGCCCAAGGAGACGUACUCCGUGAUCGAGAAGCGAAUCCAUCCCAACUUUAAGUACAUGCUAACGCAACCAGACAGGUACGACAUUGCGGUUCUGCGCUUGAACAGGCCUGUCAUCUAUCGGGACAACAUUUUGCCAAUCUGCUUGCCAGAUCCAAGUGAUGACUUCAUUGGUGAUAUUGGCAUUGUUGCAGGGUGGGGCAAGACAGAUAAUUCUUUCGGGAAAACAGGUACAAAUAUUCUACAAAAAGUGAUGGUUCCUAUUAUUAGUAAUGAUGAAUGCCUUCGCUGGCAUCAUCACAAAGGCAUUGAUGUCAAGUUAUAUCAAGAGAUGUUUUGUGCUGGGCACUCCGAAGGCAAGAUGGAUGCCUGUUUGGGAGAUUCAGGUGGACCGUUGGUUGUCCACCACAACGGGAGAUGGGUAUUAUCAGGGAUUACUUCAGCUGGCUUUGGUUGUGCUGUAGACCAUCAGCCAGGAAUUUAUCACAAAGUGUCGGUCACUUCAGGCUGGCUUGCUGCAAAUGUCAGACCGUAAGAGAAAAUUCAGCAAUUGUAAAUAUAAACUGAUGGUGUCAUUGGCAAUAUAUAUGACAUGCCAAAUAUGUGGACAAAAAAGUUGUGAUCAUAGUGCAUUACAUUCAUCGCAGUUGUCCUUAAGUAUUUUUCCAAUUUUGUACUGUUAGGAUCAAUAUCUAAAUCAUAUUUCACUCAUCAAACAAUGCACCAUUCAAUUCUCCACAUUGUAUAUUUUACUGCAAUACAAGAAAACGAAUGCCUUGCACACAUACACACACACCACAUUUUUUUCAAUAUUAUUAUCAUUUUUGCAAGCUAAAUACCUUCAUGCCGAUCUUUAUUGUGGCUGUGGCCCUUGCUGUUUAUGAUUUAGCCCAUACGUGGCCAACUAUCUACUAAAUUAAUUUUACCAUGACUAUUCGAGUUCUGCUUGAUACAGACGACUGAUACCUUGAGUUCUGUAUGAUCAGCAUAAUUCUCAAGAGGAUUCAGGUUAUAUGUAAUAUGCGAGAGUAAAACGAAUAUAGUGUGAUAGAGAUCUGGAUUUAUUUAGUUCAUUGAGAAAGUCUUCGAGACUGAAAGUCUGUUUAGAUCUUAGCUGGCUCUAACUGAAGUGAUGUAAUGGCUGAGUUUAUAAGAAUAAUUUGGACAGGAUAGUUUGUAUAUGCUCGUACGUGUUCUUUGGAAUACUUCUAUGGAUUUCUUUAUGUUCGUCUUUGUCAUGCUUCCACACAUGAAUUUCAGUUUUAUUGUUUCUCUUUAAAGGUUUAAAUCUAGUAAUAAUGGUUCAUAUUUAAUUUCUCAAAUCUAAUAUUUUAAAUUCACUGCUAUACAUUUUCUCCAGUUCAUAAAUACAAUCAAAAUGACCACCAUUUGUGGUAUUUCAAACAUGCAUUUUCCGAUUAGUUACAAAUGUUUCAUCGUUUAUUUUGAAGCUCUGUUCACCAUAUCCUAAAAAAAAACCCACUAAAAUACUUAUAGAUUGAGGCACACUACGUUCAAUAAUCCCACCACUGACUUCAAUACUCUUGGAAGAUUUUAGGCAGAUUGUCACUGACUACAGACUCAGCUAUUUAAUUACUUUCAUCACAAGCCAAUUAAUGUCAAAGGAAGUUCUCCGAACUUUUCACUUUUCACGUAAAUAUACAUGCAGAAAUGCUUGUGUAAAUAAUGCUUCCGUACAUAUUUUGAUAUUCCCCAAACUCUACCAUACUGAAUCCUUUGUCAGUCAAUUAAUAGAUACUUUUUCCCCCAAAAAUAUUUCGGAUUUCCAUUCAUCUCGGUUUUAAAUGGAUUCCCAAGUGCAUAAAAUGUAAGACGUGGAAGAUUAACUUACUACUUCCAUUAAUUUUACUAAAGCAACAUACCUCAGCAUUUUAGCCAAUCAUGAAAAAAUAUCAAUCAUUCAUUAAAAAUUGUAGAACUGUAACCCUCACAUUGAGUCAGUGUGAAAGAAAGAAAAUUAUGUCUUGAUUAAGAUGAAAUAAAAUGCAACCUAUGGUCUGCAUAUUACAUAUUUUCUUUUUAUUUUCAGCACACUGAUUUGUCACUAGGUUUGAGCUGGCCAUAUCUUUACUUUACUUUUGUACAUAUUUUAAUUUGUCAAUAUGAAAUAACUGAUUUUGUUUAUAUCAAAGCAACUAACAAAUCUCCAAAGUCAGCCUGUCACCAGCUCAGCAAUGGAAUAGCAAACAAUAGUCAUCACAAAAAUGAUGGCUUGGAAUCGUUUCGCUCUGUACUUUAACCCAUUGGUAUCGACUACAUAUGCUAUCUACUGUCACUUUGUUAUAACUACUCGUUUGCAGAGACAGGGCAUCACAAAUGUUUAGUCACCAAAAGCCCUUUACUGGGUCUAUUUGCUCGUAACAGCUUACCCCAUUCUUUGAAUUAUUAUUAUCAUUAUUUUUAUGUUCAUUAUUAUUAUCAUUUUUAUUUUCAUUAUUAUUGUUGUUUCAUUAUUACUAUUAUCAUUAUUAUUGCUUCAUUAUUAUUAUUGUUAUUAUUAUUAUUAUUUUGAUUAUCAUAACGGUAAUAAUGAUAAUAUUAUUAAAGUUUUAAAAUAUUUAAGGACUGGGGAAAGCAGCUGGUCAGGUAUGCUUAGUAAUAAUUUCCUUUGCAACUCUGCUCUUUCGAAACAAAAAACAGUCAUCAGGGCAUGCAUCCAUAUGCUCUUUCGCCGGCCACAGAUUAAGACUUGGACAAAUUAUGACUCAUUAUUACAGUCCAUAAUUUGCUCUCAAGUUUUGAAUUCUUUCUCACAUUUGUGUGCUUCACUUGAACUGAUCUUUUGUCGUUCCACAUGGUUUGUUUCCCAUUAAUGAGUAGAUUACCUGAUGCUUAUUUGCUUCCUCCAGUGCUAAAGAUCUACGAAGUGUACAAAUUGUUGAUUCUGAUUUUCUGUAUUAUAUACAAAUGAUCACUUUUUUUUUUUUUUUAUAAAACAUAAGUUUGAGAUGUAUAUAAUAUUUAUUUUUCUAGCAUUUAGUGCAAGGAAUAAAAUUACCCUUGAAACUGC